AACGCCAGGGGCGGGGUCUCUGCGCCUGCGCAGUGGAGCUGGGCGCCCUCCGGGCUUGAGCUUCUGAGAGUCGGGUCCGGCGCGCGGGCUACCGGAUGGCGGAACCGCAGGCGGAGUCGGAGCCCCUACUGGGCCGGGCCCGCGGCGGUGGCGGCGACUGCCCGGCGGGGCUGACCACUUGCCGUAGCAUCCAAGUCGGCCCUGGUGCCGCGGCCAGGUGGGACCUCUGCAUUGAUCAGGCUGUGGUCUUCAUCGAAGAUGCUAUUCAGUACCGCUCCAUCAACCACCGGGUGGAUGCCAGCUCGAUGUGGCUUUACCGACGGUAUUACUCGAACGUGUGCCAACGGACUUUGAGCUUCACCAUCUUCUUGAUCCUGUUUUUGGCUUUUAUCGAGACCCCAUCCUCGCUCACCAGCACGGCGGACGUGCGCUACCGCGCUGCCUCCUGGGAGCCGCCCUGUGGCCUGACCGAGAGUGUCGAGGUGCUCUGCCUGCUGGUCUUUGCGGCUGACCUCUCUGUGAAGGGUUACCUGUUUGGGUGGGCCCAUUUCCAGAAAAACCUUUGGCUGCUGGGCUACCUCGUGGUGCUGGUGGUGUCUCUGGUGGACUGGACCGUGUCCCUGAGUCUUGUGUGUCAUGAGCCCCUGCGGAUCCGCCGGCUCCUCCGCCCCUUCUUCCUGCUGCAGAACUCCUCUAUGAUGAAGAAGACCUUGAAAUGCAUCCGCUGGUCGCUGCCGGAAAUGGCCAGCUGCUGCAGACUCCUGGGCGCUCCUGUCACCAAGCCCUGCAGGCAGGUCAGGUGUCCCUGCCUGUCCGCCCUCCUGGCCCAGGCUGAGUGCCGUGCUCUCCCCCAGCGUCGGGCUGCUGCUGGCCAUCCACCUGUGCCUCUUCACCAUGUUCGGGAUGUUGCUGUUCGCCGGUGGGAAGUGAUGAUUCCUGCGUAUUCCAAGAACCGGGCCUAUGCCAUCUUCUUCAUAGUCUUCACUGUGAUAGGAAGCCUGUUUCUGAUGAACCUGCUGACAGCCAUCAUCUACAGUCAGUUCCGGGGCUACCUGAUGCCUUCCUCUUUGCAGAAAUCUCUCCAGACCUCGCUGUUUCGGAGGCGGCUGGGAACCCGGGCUGCCUUUGAAGUCCUGUCCUCCAUGGUGGGGGAGGGAGGAGCCUUCCCUCAGGCAGUUGGAGUGAAGCCCCAGAACUUGCUGCAGGUGCUUCAGAAGGUCCAGCUGGACAGCUCCCACAAGCAGGCCAUGAUGGAGAAGGUGCGUUCCUACGGCAGUGUUCUGCUCUCAGCUGAGGAGUUUCAGAAGCUCUUCAAUGAGCUUGACAGAAGUGUGGUUAAAGAGCACCCGCCGAGGCCCGAGUACCAGUCUCCGUUUCUGCAGAGCGCCCAGUUCCUCUUUGGCCACUACUACUUUGACUACCUGGGGAACCUCAUCGCCCUGGCAAACCUGGUGUCCAUUUGCGUGUUCCUGGUGCUGUAUGCAGAUGUGCUGCCUGCUGAGCGUGAUGACUUCGUCCUGGGGAUUCUCAACUGCGUCUUCAUUGUCUACUACCUGUUGGAGAUGCUGCUCAAGGUCUUUGCCCUGGGCCUGCGAGGGUACCUGUCCUACCCUAGCAACGUGUUUGACGGGCUCCUCACCAUUGUCCUGCUGGUUUUGGAGAUCUCAACUCUGGCUGUGUACCGAUUGCCACACCCAGGCUGGAGGCCAGAGAUGCUGGGCCUGCUGUCGCUGUGGGACAUGACCCGCAUGCUGAACAUGCUCAUCGUGUUCCGCUUCCUGCGCAUCAUCCCCAACAUGAAGCCGAUGGCCGUGGUGGCCAGUACCGUCCUGGGCCUGGUGCAGAACAUGCGUGCGUUUGGCGGGAUGCUGGUGGUGGUCUACUAUGUAUUUGCCAUCAUUGGGAUCAACUUGUUUAGAGGCGUCAUUGUGGCUCCUCCUGAAAACAGCAGCCUGGCCCCUGCCAAUGGCUCGGCACCCUGUGGGAGCUUCGAGCAGCUGGAGUACUGGGCCAACAACUUCGAUGACUUUGCGGCUGCCCUGGUCACUCUGUGGAACUUGAUGGUGGUGAACAACUGGCAGGUGCUCCUGGAUGCGUAUCGGCGCUACUCGGGCCCGUGGUCCAAGAUCUAUUUUGUAUUGUGGUGGCUGGUGUCGUCUGUCAUCUGGGUCAACCUGUUUCUGGCCUUGAUUCUGGAGAACUUCCUUCACAAGUGGGACCCCCGCAGCCACCUGCAGCCCCUUGCUGGGACCCCGGAGGCCACCUACCAGAUGACCGUGGAGCUCCUGUUCAGGGAUAUUCUGGAAGAGCCCGGGGAGGACGAGCUCACGGAGAGGCUGAGCCAGCACCCGCACCUGCGGCUGUGCAGGUGACGUCCCGGCUGCCGUCCCAGCGGGGGCGGCGGGAGAGAGAGGCUGGCCUACACAGGUGCCUGUCAUGGAAGAGGCGGCCAUGCUGUGGCCAGCCAGGCAGGAAGAGACCUUUCCUCUGAUGGACCACUAAGCUGGGGACAGGAACCAAGUCUUUUGCGUGCGGCCCAACAACCAUCUACAGAACAGCUGCUGGUGCUUCAGGGAGGUGCCGUGCCCUCCGCGUUCUUUUAUAGCUGCUUCAGUGAGAAUUCCCUCGCCGACUCCACAGGGACCUUUCAGACAAAAAAGCAAGAAGCAGCGGCUCCCCCUGUCCCCUGCAGCUUCCGUGGUGCCUUUGCUGCUGGCGGCCCUUGGGGACCACAGGCCUGACCAGGGCCUGCACAGGUUAAACGUCAGACUUCAGGGGCAUUCAGGUGGGGAUGCUGGGGGUUUGACAUGGAGAGAACCUGGACUGUGUUUUAUGAUUUCGUGGCUUGUAUGAGUGUGACUGGGUGUGUUUCUUUAGGGGUCUGAUUGCCGGUUAUUUUCAUCAAUAAGUCUUGCAAAGAAUGGGAUUGUCAUUCUUCACUUCAGCACAGUUCUAGUCCUGCUUCUCUGGAGUAGGGUUGUUGAGUAAGGUUGCUUGGGUUGUGCACUGCACAAGGGCACAUGGCUGUGAGGCAUAUCCUGGCGGGGGGCUGUCUGCCUGCAGUGAGGGGCACCUUUUCUGUUUUGCUCAAAGGCAUGUAUAAGCCAAUGGUGGCCUUAUUUCCUGUGUCCUCAAGGUGUGUGGCAGGGGGUCUGGGGUGGGGAGGCAGGGCAAGCGAGCAGUGUGUGGAAAGCCUCGUUGUCACUUGAUCCGUGCCAGGUCCGGAUCAGGUGCCAACCCACGCCCCCUUUCUGCUGAGGUUUGGGUGCCAUCUAGUGGUGGGUUGGGAUUUGGUUGACUACUUUUAAGGCAAGGUGGACCCAGCAACUCCCAGAAACAACUCCAGGGACACCGCUCCCCGUCACAUUCCACACUGAGCCUGGUGCCCGGUCUGUGCCCGAGCUCAGCGGGAGCAGGAAGGGAUGGGCCCUGCCAGGGUUGCCCCUGCACUGUGCAUCCUCGCCUGGGAGGCACAAGUUCUUUCGUCUGCUUUUCCUUCAGAGGUGCUGAGCCCACGCCAUAGCCCCUGUGGGAUGGUGGGGCAGGGGGCGACCCGAACAACAGUGCGGUCGGUAUUGAGAUUAGGGAGAGGAGCAAGUCCAAGGAGAAGGUCAUGAGUUUCUUUUUACUCACGUAGAAUAAUAACAACAAUGACAAUAUGGAAACCACCGCAAACUUGGAGAAAAUUGCAAGUACAGUAAAGAGAAGCUUCCUUCUGAGUCACUUGAGUGGUUGCCGUUCUGGCCCUGCACCCUCUGUGCUUUGGGACGGCGUCCAACCCGCAUUCGCGUCAGGAGUGAGUCGCACGUGGCUUUGUGGUCAUGGCGACUUAAUCCGCCUGGACGGUGGCUCCGUCUCCCUGGGCUUAGACGACCUUGGCACCUCUGGAGAUAAGCCCGUGGCUCCCAGGUUGUGUUCAUGUGAUGUUUCCUCGUGGUAGGUUCUGGGUCUGCGUUUUGUCUAGGAGUGUCACAGGAUGGACACUGCCUCCUGGCAGGGGCUGCCCAAAUGCAGUUAGCCUCCUGCUGGUGUUCUCUCUUGUUGCUUGGUGAAGGUAGCCCCGGUCAGCUUCUCCACUGCCCAGUAAACGACCCUUUUGUAAUGAAUGAGUGGGGAGGUAGUGUGAAGCGAUGUCAAUAUCCCAUCCCUGUCAAACUGCCUUUACUUUUUCCUUCCUUCCUUGCUCCCACCUGUGUGCAUCUUGGUCCCUUCUUGUAUUCAGGGCUGUGGUCUGUUAUGGUGUUUACUCUCAGGCUCAGGUCCUGCUUGUUUGGCCCGUGGGAGGCCCUUCUUCUGCCUUUGUGUUUUUUUGUUAUGUACCUACAGUUCUUUAGCUGUUUCUUUACUUUCUGGUGCAAAAAGAUGUUCAAGCCUUAUUUUAUAUCUGCCUGCCCCUUUCUCUUUCAUUUAUUGGAGUGAGCCAUGGCUCUAAGGAGCCCUGUUCCUUUGAAUGGAGAGUAGCAUCAGGAACCAGGAUGUGGGUGCGAGGGGUGCUCCUGGCUGUUGUGGAUUGCUGCGCCCGGGAGCUCUUAGUGGACAGAGCUAGAGGAUAUGUGCACAUACUUCCAUCUCACUCUCUCUCAUCUAUUCACAGCUGGGAAUGACACUAAUACCUCCGAUUUCAGCCCAGCACCACAGGGUACGUUCCAGCUUUCUCUCUUUCCAUAGUUGUAAGGCCCUUUCGGGGAAUGGUUCUCAUUCUCCUUAAUCUACUAUUGGGUCAGUUUUCCUGCAUGUCACCAGCCUCCCAUCACUGCCACCCACUCCCCACAGAGAGGCCCUGCUCAUCUGACUGGGGCUUUGACUCCUCCCACACUGUGUGCCUCUCUUGUGUGGAUGCCCUCCUGCCAAAACCUCCAGCAAACAGCUUUCCAAAUGGAAGUUGUCACUGUCAGGGCCUUUACAAUCAGGAACAGCAAAAUCUACGUGCUGCUGAGGGUCCUGGCUUGUUAAAAUGCAAUAAAUAUGCAAGUACAUAAAAACAGCAAUAGAAGAAAUGUAAUGCUUAAUUCUCAAAUAUGAUGUCUGCAUAGAAAAGCCAAAAUUAUUAAGAAUAGUAAGAAUUCAGCACAGUUGUUUGCUAUGAGAUUUAAAAAGUUUUUACUUUAUUACUUAUUCAUUUAUUUAUUUUAGGGUCUUGCUCUGUUAACCAGGCUGGAGUGCAGUGGUGUGUCAUGGCUCACUGCAGCCUCCAACUUGUGGGCUCAAGCAGUCCUCCUACCUCGGCCUCCUGAGUAGCUGUGACUACAGGCACAUGCCACCAGCUCUGGCUAAUUGUUUUAUUUCUUGUAGAGAUGGAGUCUCUCUAUGUUGCCCAGGCUAUUCUUGAAUUCCUAGGCUCAAGUGAUCCUCCCACGUUGGCCUCCCAAAGUGCUGAGAUUACAGGUGUGAGUCACUGCACCUGGCCUGCCCUGAGAUUAUAUACUGAAAUCCAUUGCUUUUCUAGAUACUAGCAAUAAGCUUAUAAAUUAUAUUCAAGGAUUCAGUUAUAUUCAUUUUUUAAAAGAUAUUUAAGUAAGAUUAAAAAUUCUUAAGGUUUCUAAAAAUAAAUGGAAGGAAAGAUAUUCAAGGCCUUUAUACAAGAAAACUAUAAAACUUCAUUAAAGCCCAUGACUGUAGAUACAAGUAAA